AUGCCGCCUUACGCCGCCGACCUCGAAAACUGGUGGCUAGGGAGUGGCUACGAUUUCAUCAAACAGCUGAUCGACACCGUGACCGACGGCCUCGACCCUCGGCAGUGUGGGUUUGCGCAAGAGAUAAAAACACAACUGCUAUCAUUCGACAGCGAUCCAGCGAUCGCAGAACAAAUCAAGAAGGAUUGGCCGGCAAUUCAUGCAGCAAGAGGCGUCGACUACGAUGCAAACAGUCGUAAAUAUGCCAAGCGUGUCGCUUCCACCAUCUUCCGGAGGCCCGAGAAUGGAGGUAUCAAUUUCGAUCUCGCAAUGGAUGGCCUGGGAUACCUCGAUGCAAUAGAAAUUCGCCGUCUUCGUAUCCUCAACGCCGUGGAUGAGGCUAUACAAGCUGGUCCACGGGAGGAAGACCGGUCCCCAAUGCUUGAAGAAAUUGGACGGACGUCCUUUACCAACUUCAAAAAAUUGCAUGCGGGGCUUAGGACUUGCAUUCUUAUCGAAGAGCUGACCAAAGAUGUCAACCACAGAAAGGAGGCCGCUCAGAUCAUGGCACUACUCAACGCACUUGUGCCCUCAGCUGUAUUUAUGGGGGACACAGAUGAUGUAGACCCGACUCCACAUUCGUCAGGUGUCCGUGAUAGUGUUCGAUUCUCAGUUUUCGAACAUCUUAUUUCCAAGGAUUGCUUCACACAGGAACGACAGGAAGUCAUCCAGAUGAAGCUGCGUUGCUGGUGUGAUACCUCUAGUUAUGCAGAGGUCAGAGACGUCAUGGUGCGCUACUGUGAAGAGUUCAAGAAGGUGGAGGAACUCUCUAUAAGGCUUUUGGACAAACUUGAGAAAAAAUCAGGUAACACGGUAUAUCAUCAUGCUGUCAAUUCUGGGUCUCCUACGAAAUUUACUGCAGACACAUCGUGCAACUCUGGUCCGCAGGCCGUUUCUUCUCAGGUCGAGAGUACCGUCCUUAUCCCGAACACCUCACUCGAAAACCAAGGAUCUGCAAAACAGCUACUCGCAACGCCUCAACUUCCUCUGGCUUUCCAUCCCCUGCUGAGAGGCAUGCCUGGGCGAGAACUUAGCCCUGCAAAGACAGACAUUGCUCUACUCGCUAGAGACAUGAGCCAACCGCCUAUUUCCUGUUAUCCCGACAAUCUCUCAAAAACCUUUUUUUACCAACAUCCCCGUGCCAAGAAGCUCAAAAUGUCUACACUAGAACAGGCGGCCCUUGGUCUUCUCUUGCCUGCAGAACUCGUCGAUCAGCGAGAUUACUAG